CGGGGCGGGAGGAGGUCCACUGUGCUCCGCCCCGGUGAAAGGGCGGUGGCGCCGCUGGGCGGGGCCGAGGUCAAGGGCUGGCGGCCGGGCUGCUCUGGGGCCUGUGUGCUGUUGCGGAGCUGCGUGCUGCUGAGGCAGAGCGGGCUCAGCCGCGCGCACUCCGCGCCCGCCCGCCCGCGCCCGCGCUGAGCUUCCGGCUCGGGCGGCUGCGCUGCUCGCCCUCGGCGACGUUGCCCCGGAGUCCCAGCAUGAACGAGCUGAGGCUUAGGGCGGUCCGUGAUCCGGACGCACCGCCGGUGGAGAAGGAGUCAGAACCAGAAGUAAAGGCAGAUGGAGAGACUGCAUCUGACAGUGAGAACCGUGCGGAAGCUGCUCCCCUAGUAACCUCCGCAGACGAUACCCCAGAGGUCCUCAAUAGGGCCCUUUCCAACUUGUCUUCAAGAUGGAAGAACUGGUGGGUGAGAGGCAUCCUGACUUUGGCCAUGAUUGCAUUUUUCUUCAUCAUCAUUUACCUGGGACCAAUGGUUUUAAUGAUGAUUGUGAUGUGUGUUCAGAUAAAGUGUUUCCAGGAGAUUAUCACUAUUGGCUACAAUGUCUACCACUCCUAUGAACUACCUUGGUUCAGGACCCUCAGCUGGUACUUCUUACUGUGUGUAAAUUACUUCUUCUACGGUGAAACAGUGACGGAUUAUUUCUUCACUCUGGUCCAGAGAGAGGAGCCUUUGAGGAUUCUCAGCAAAUACCACCGGUUCAUUUCCUUUACUCUCUACCUGAUAGGAUUCUGCAUGUUUGUAUUGAGUUUGGUCAAGAAGCAUUACCGUCUGCAGUUCUACAUGUUUGGCUGGACCCAUGUAACGCUACUGAUUGUUGUCACCCAGUCACAUCUCGUUAUCCACAACCUGUUUGAGGGAAUGAUCUGGUUUAUUGUCCCCAUUUCUUGCGUGAUCUGUAAUGACAUCAUGGCCUAUAUGUUUGGAUUCUUCUUUGGUCGGACCCCACUCAUCAAGCUGUCACCGAAGAAGACCUGGGAAGGCUUCAUUGGGGGCUUCUUUGCUACUGUGCUGUUUGGCCUUCUGCUGUCCUAUGUGAUGUCUGGGUACAGAUGCUUUGUCUGCCCUGUGGAGUACAACAAUGACACCAACAGCUUCACUGUGGACUGUGAGCCCUCGGACCUGUUUCGCUUACAUGAGUACAACAUUCCUGAGGUGAUCCAGUCGGUCAUUGGCUGGAAAACCGUCCGGAUGUACCCUUUCCAGAUUCACAGCAUUGCCCUCUCCACCUUUGCCUCACUCAUCGGCCCCUUUGGAGGAUUCUUUGCAAGUGGAUUCAAACGAGCCUUCAAAAUCAAAGACUUUGCCAAUACUAUUCCUGGCCACGGAGGCAUCAUGGAUCGCUUUGACUGCCAGUAUCUGAUGGCCACCUUUGUCAAUGUGUACAUCGCCAGUUUUAUCAGGGGCCCGAACCCAAGCAAGCUGAUUCAGCAGUUCAUGAACUUGCGGCCAGAACAGCAGCUCCACAUCUUCAGCACACUCAAGUCUCACCUGAUCGACAAGGGGAUGCUGACAGAUGCCACGGAGGACUAGUAGGGGCCACGCAGGGCUGAGAGAGCAGGACUGAGCGAGGGAGCGGGCACCAAGGGCAGCCCAGCUGGUGUGACUGAAAUGAUGACAAGGCUUCAACUCACUGUCUUUUUUUUUUUUUUUUAAAUUUUUUGAAAGAGUGUUUUUUUAUCUGUGGGUUUUUAAAAAAAUUCUGUAUAUACAGUCUAUGUGCUUAUGAUUUGGGUUGUGAGUAAACUAUAGCUUUGAGUUGGAAAGAAGUCAUGGGGGUGAAACUAUUUGGGUUUUUUAAACAGAAGUUUUAAAAACCUGGAAGACAGUUUUGCCCAGGUACUUCUGGUCUCAUCAGUUGAAUUGGGCUCAAUCAGGGAGUGACUGUUCAUGUGUUCUGACCCCGUCAGCGUCCCCCAUACCUGUACUACCCCUUCUCCCCAGCAGAGAGGAGGUGCACGGCUUGGAUGUCUUUGCCAGGAGAGCUUUCACCCGAGCUACUCUGUAAUCCUGCCUGGAUCUCCAGGGGUCUGCCUGCCGUGGGCUGGAGGGACAAAGGCUUAUUCUCAGAUCAGCAUUCUGUCCACAUGAAAUCCUGUGGAACCUGAGCUCUGCUUUACGAUAUGGGUUCACCUUACUUCAUCACAGACUGAAGUUUUCUCGAGAGAGAGCAUGAAACAUUAUUUAUAAUAGUCUGGUAGAAAACACCACACUGUAACAUUUCAAGUGUAUACAGUAGCAUGUACUGUAACCGAGCCCCUUCCCCCAUGUUUAGGCUCACAUGGCUCCUUGGGGGCAGUCCACUCACUGUCUUUUCAGGGACGAUGGUGUUCAUAUUUGUGCUGUGGACUGGCUGCUGCUGAAUCCUCUCUGGGGCUUGCCCGUUAGGCAGGGAGCAGAAGGCUUCUAGUUUGUGCCCCUUUGCCUGAGUGACCACCCACGUAGCUGCUGUAUUGUAUAUAUAUUGCUCCAGAGGCAAAUGUGUAUUGUGUAUGUGUUUUAAAAAUCACUUAUUUCUUAGAGUGAUUUCAAUUGCCAAGACUUCUUCACUGAAAUCACAAAGUCCUGCUUAAAACUCUGGAAAACCCAACCCAAUUAGAGGUUUGACUAUUCUGAAGAUUAGAUGCACAAUUUUUAUAUAAUGUGACCAGUUAAAUGUAGUUUGUGUUUUACGGGGGGACCUCAUUUUUAAAAAAACAACGACUGUGAUUUACUUUGUUUCCCUUCUUAAUUAUAGGGACGAGGUUGACUUUGGGAAGGGGUUCAGGAGAGAGAACUCAGUGCCCCAAUGUGUUCAGUUGUUCUGUGACACAGUUGUUCUCGUUGCCAAAUGAGCAUGACGGCUCGCUGUAGCACCUGGCUUGGUGCUAGUCUGUUUUGUUUCUGUUUAAAUUGGCCUUCCUGCCUCCCUGAGCUUACACGCAGCCCAGAUCCUGGGGCAGACCGCUCGACGUUUCAGCUCACAGUCACUGCACGACCGUCCACACGCAUGCAGCAUUGGCGUGGCCUCUCUCUGAACCUUCACUUCCAUUUCAGCACAUGGCUCCUCUUCUUCAGGUCCAAGUCCCCCUUAAAAACAACAUAUGUUUUUGUUUUGCCUGGGCUUUCGUCCUGGCUGUGGACCGUGGGUGGUUCAUGAUGAAUCCCUCUCUGGGUUCUUGUUUUCUGAGCUCUUCUAACUCCAGUCUUCCAUGAUCCUGGCUGAGUAAGGUCAUGUCAGCAGAGGCAGCUGUGGGUAAUGAGUGAUGUCUGGGCCCCCCAAAGCAAUUGUUUGCCAGCCUUUUCUAAAUAUUUAUCCUUCAGAUGAGGCAGUGUCUCAGCAAUGAAUUAAGGCGGUGAUUAGGAAUGAACCUGGUUUUCUUAUUGAAGAACGAACUUGGUCUCCUGAACUAGGACAGAAAGGCGCCUCACUGUCUCCUGCUGCCCCCUGUGGGCACGGUGGGGUCCUUGGGAGCAGGCAUCUCAGUGGGAGCCCGGCAGUAGUCGAGUCGCGCUCGUGAGCAGGGCUGCCUUGGGAUCAGAGUGCCUGGCACAUUGCUUUGUGGAAGUGGUUGCUGAUAGGGCGUUGGAGGUCCUGCGGGUCCUGGGGAGCUGAAGGUGGUUGCUCACCAGAGCUGCCAGCAAGAAUGUCACGGGGUCAGCUGGGGUUUUUGUUUCUGGAGUUCUCCACAUUCUCUCUGGUGAGAUAGGAGGAGUUUCCGGGGGGCGGGGGGCAGUCUGGAAAGCAGUCUAUGUAGCACAACAUUUUUCUUUCUCCCAUUUAUUGGUGAUAUUUCAUCAUUAAGAUAAGAUUCAAGAGACUAUUUUAACACAUAUCUGUGCAGAUCUUAAUGGAACAACUUACUUCAGAUCCAUUUUGUGUGUGUGUGUGAGAAAUAAAAUGCAACUGAAACUGUGCCCUCCCUCGUUGCGAAUUCAGUUUCUUACUCGCAUGCAUGGCUUUAUGUUCCCCACUUGCUUUGUAUUCAUAAAUGCUGUGCCAAAUGCUGUGCCUGGUUUGGAGAUUUUUGUUUUUGUUUUCCAGUUUGAAUCCUAUACAUUCUCAUAACGACCUUCCAAGGUACCUCGAUGAGAGCCAUGAGCACCUUGCUGGUGAGGAAGUUGAGGGCCAGAGGGGAGAGAGGGUCACCUGGUGGACUCCAGUCUCCAUCGUAGCGUCUGCCCACCAGGACAAGGACUAGAUUGUCCCAGCCCCACUUGCCUUUGUGAAAGUGGCAUUAGUGCAUCUGAAAUUUUGCACCAUUUCUCCCCUCAAGCUUAGGAGGCCUGACCUGUGACAGGUGGAGCUUAAGUUUCUGUUAGUUCAUAAAAAGUGAUAUAAAGGAGCUGAUGAACAAGGGCGUUACAGCAACCAAGCUCUUCUGCAGAGGACUGAGCCUGGGCACCCUCCCUGCUGAGUUUUUAAUUGUUGAGAGUAUUACAGAUGUGCCCUCCCCCCUCCCAUUUCUCCCCUCCACCCUGCCCCCGCCCUUCCCCACACUAUUGUCUGUGUCCAUGGGUUAUGCAUAUAUGCAUAUACUAGUAAGUUCUUUGGUUAAUCUCUUGCCAUCCCCCCACACCCCCUUCCCUCUGAGGUCUGUCAGUCUGCUCCAUGCUUCCAUGUCUCUGGUCCUAUUUUGUUCGUCAGUUUAUUUUGUUCAUUAGAUUCCACAUAUGAGUGAGAUCAUGUGAUACUUGUCUUUCUCUUUCUGGCUUAUUUAAUUUAGCAUAAUGCUCUUCAGUUCUGUCCAUGCUGUUCAAAGGGUAGAGUUACUUCUUUUUUACUGCUACAGAGUAUUCCAUGGUGUAGAUGUAGCACAGUUUUGUAUCCACUCAUCCACUGAUGGGCACCUGGGCUGUUUCCAGAUCUUAGCUAUUUUAAGUAAUGCUGCUAGGAACUUAGGGGUGCAUAUAUUCUUUCUCAUUGGUGUUUCAGGAUUCUUAGGAUAUAUUCUCAGAAGUGGGAUCGCUGGGUCCGAUGGCAGUUCCACUUUUACUUUUUUUGAGGAACCUGGUGAGUUCUCCUUGUCACUACUCACAGGACACCCAAGCCUUUCCCUUUGUGUGCGCGUGCCGCCUCAGCAUCACAGACAUACACACGUUUUACUCCUGCAAGUAGAACCUUUUAAGGCAGCCUGGGCCUUAUUUAUGUUCUUUGAUUUUUGGGGGGGCCAGUUUUAUAUCCUGAACAUUUUAGUAUCUACAGUGUAACUAUAUUUAAAACAGUUAGAGUUGUACAGUUCUGUAAUGUAUGUUUGAAACUAGUGUCUCUUUCAGAAGGGGUGAAAUGCAACUUUUAACUUUACACCAAUAGACUUUGAAACCACUUCAAUGGUAUUUAUCUUUUCCCACCGGGCCUCUUAUCCUGUAAAUUGACUUACAUUAUGCAAGAAGAUUCCAAAGGUAUGUUUUAAGGGAGAUUAAGCAAACCUGUGAUUUGAGUCUCAGCUUGUUGCUGAGUUGGCUGGAGGCCCGUUGGAGUGGAUCCUUGAGUUCAGAUCUUCAGACUGUCAGUGAGUCCUGGCAGGCCCAGGAACAUCCCUGGUGUGGACGGGUGGGUGGGGGAGGAUGUGAAUGACUCAGGGCAAAGAGCACCACUGCUCAGAAAACUGCACAGUGGCCUUGCUCCCUAAGAAGCCUGCUUAAGGUCAGUUUUGUAAGGGAGUGAUUUUCGCUGCCAAUAUGAUAGUCAUUGCUGGAACUUCUUCCUGUGUCACCACUGCCUUUUGUUUUUUUGGGGUAACUCACAUCUGUGUCCACCUUGUGAUUAUGUGCAGAGAAAAGGUGGGGUGUGGGGAGCGAUGUCACUUGUACCCAGGGUUCCUGUUCUUCCGAAGUCGGGGUGUCCAGGUGACUGUCGUGGACACCUCACAAGACAGUAAGCCCUGGCAGACUCUCACUGUGCUGUCUGCAGCAGGGGCCCUGAGGGAGCAGCUGGAACAAACCAUCACUGAGGCCGCGGUUAGGAAGACAGGUGUUGGGUUCAAACCGACCUGGGUCUGGGAGGUUGCUAAGUGCAACUCUGGCCCAGUUGGGUCUGAUAACAGCGCCUCCCUUGUGGGAUUAGUGUGAGGAUUUUAUGAACUAAUGCACCUAAGCUUUUAGCACCGUGCCUGGCAUGUAGGAAGUGCUCAAUCAAUGGUAGUUAUUUUUGUUGCACUCAGCUGGUAAUUUGAGCCCAAGUUGCUGUAAUGCCAGAGACUGAGUCCUCGGCCACUACGCUGCCACCUUCCCUGCAUGAAGGAAAGUGGCCGCACUGUCCUGGGAGAAGCAGCCCGACUUUAACACCCACCCACGGUGGCUGGGUGCUGUGCUUCCUUUAGAAGGCCAGCCUGACGAAAGGAAUGAGGAGUGAGGGUGCUUUGAAAUUCGUACUUAGCGGGAAUGGUGUGCCUGGGGUCUUGCCCACUUCCUGCUGCCCCUGGUCUGGACUUUCCUCUUGCCGGUGGUGCCUCAACUCCAGGGGCGGUGAGGGCCUCUCUGUGACUCGCUCAGGACCCCUUUUCCCCCUCUGGCCAAGGGCCUUGCUCUGUACACACAGCCAGGAGCCUGCAGCAGUGCCCUGUACGAGUGGACAGCUCCAACCAAAGAGAGCGGAGAAAGAAGCCACCUCUGUAGCGGAUUGAAUACAGACAGGAAGCCUAGAAGCUCUGCCCACACCCUGACAACCUAACAAGUCGGGGCCUUGUGUUUCAUGCUUUCUUAAAAGUAUUAACAGGGGCGAAGCAGGUGACCACUGAGGGCAGAUGAUGUGGGGUACUCCUGUGGGAUUGUAGGUUAGCAAAGGACCACGUGGGUGAUUCAUGAAUGAAGGGAGAACAGGCAGUCAACUGAGUGGGAAAUAUUUAAUUUCAUUUUCUGGAAGGAGAUGGGGAGUUGGGGAGUGUGUGUGUGUGAGGUGGAGGAUUCUUCACUUUGAAGAAAUGGUGUUGACAAAGAGGACCUAUGAAAUUCUCAAGCCACUGGAAUAGUAAGAGCUCGGAACGACCGGCUGGACUGUGAACUGUUUCCUGGGUGUUAGUGGGGAAUGAAGACCAGAUCCAAAGGCCGCUGUGUUCAUGGCCUCUCCCCUUCAGUUAUCCAUGAAGCCGUGGUCAUGCAGGAAUCAGGAGAACGUGUUGUGGUGGUUCGUAAGCAGCUGCUGGGAGGGACUGACAGUGGGCUUGCCCUCUCGUCCUUCUGGGCUGGCGCUUGCUCCCUCAUCGUUACAGCUAAUAGACCCAGGUGGUUUUUUAUCUGUAGAGAAAAAGGCUCCCAACUGGGACAAAGGCCCCUUGACAGGGCCCCUGCAGGGGCCUCCCCGCAUUGGGCAGGGCCGAGCCUUUGCAGCUUUCCCUGGACCUAGAGCUCAGAGGGCCCGCUGGGCUGAGCCUUCUGCUGAUUCUGUCCCAGUGAAAUGGUGUUUGCUGAUACCAUCCGCAUUGCUAUCUCCGACCUUGACUACUGGAAUGCUUACGUCUCACCUCCGUUAGGUUCCUGUCCUGGGUCUGCUGGCUCUGUGCCAAGGAACACCAGACCAGAAAGGGAGCUCAGAGCAUUUUCUAGCUGCUCUGCCCUUUACCUGACGUGGCGUUUCCCUAGAUCCGUGUGCUUGUGACACAGCCGUCGUCUCUGCACCCUCUGACCAGUGUUGGACCGUACAUGUAGACUCUUCCCCACCGCAGUGUCAGACAUGAUGGACUGUACAUUGGCAAGUACCUUAUUUAUACACCUGAAUGUUCCAGUUACACAAAUAAACAUCUAUUAAAUUCUA